AUUUGCCCAAUAUCACUACUGGUACAAUAAGCAGAACUUUUCCGUUUCCAAAGCAACGUGAUGCUCUCGACGGAUGUGACGUUGUGCGGGGAACAGGAUGUAUUUCUGAGUCUCGCGAUAACUGCUGGCGGAAGAACGAGAUCUUUCUUUUUCUCAGAGUAUCUGGCAAGAUGGUGGGUGUUUAGUUUUCUCCUCGAUUAUAAUCCGUAUCAAUCCAUUUUAUGGCGCUGCGCAGGCGAGCCGAUUUUAAUGGGAUAUACUGUACGAGACGAUGGAGAACCAGGGCCUGAUAUUAUAAGUUCCGAUAGCAACACCGACACUUUAAUUAAUCCCGGAAUGUUGUGUGUGGGCCUGGCCUCCUCUGGCUGCGUCCCCUGUAGCUGGGAUGUUAAUCAUGUUGCCUGCGCUGAUAUAGGCUUGUGUCCAUAUGUGCGGUUAUGCGAAGCUUUAGAAGUGUUCCGAGUCGGUACACCGUUACAAUGGAAGUGGCCACUGGGUCCUCGGUGUUUUUAAUCCGGGUCAUUCAUGGCAUUGGCUGUAGACGUUUAGAUUCCUGAAGAUGCUGUCAUUGUGAAGGCCAUCGUGGUUGAAAUGUGUAGCUAUCAUUAUAGUUUAUGUGGCGUGUGUAUAAGCCGAGCAUAUUAUCUGGAAACACAGGUUCUCUGUACAUCGCUGCGGAAUAUGUUAAUGCUUUAUAAAUAAUAUAUUAUGCCUAUGGUCCUGACUUAUUUACUCUGGUUUCAGGCGGACGUCGAGCAGAAGAAGAAAAGGACCUUCAGGAAAUUCACCUACAGGGGGGUAGACCUUGACCAGCUACUGGACAUGUCCUAGUGAGUGUCUUAAGUCAUGUUUUGUCUUUGUUUUCUUGUUCACAAUUAAUGCAAACUGUAAUACUGCUAGCUGUGCAUGCCUCAUGUUACCCAGUAGAUGUAUUGGUAAAUGUGUUUUACAUAUAUACACGCAAGCUGCCUGUAUGGUACAUAGGGUUAUUGUCUGGUGGCUUUUGGAAUUCUAGUAAUGUAGUGUUUGUUCACUAAACAGUGAAUUGAGAACAAAGUAACAGUAAAGUUUAUAUAAACCUUGAUAAUGUAAAUAUAUGACCCAUUGUACCACUGGGUAAAACUAUGUGUGUGUGUGUGUGUGUGUAUAUAUAUAUAUAUAUAUAUAUAUAUAUUUUUAUAUAUAUAUAUAUAUAUAUUAUUGCGUGCCAUACUAGGAUACAUAUCUAUAUUAGAUUACAUGAGGAAAUGUAUACUGUAUGGUCAGAUUUCCAGUUUGUGGUUUUGGGAAGUAUUUGAGAUUUUAGUUAUUUUAAUUACAUACAAAUUUGAGUAAGGAUUGGUUAAGUAUUGGUACCAUUCUUAACUUGUGAAUUUGACUUGUGUGUUUGCAGUCAUUGGUUUUCCUGCUGGUGGCUUGACCGUAAAACAUAAGACCAAAUUGUUAAGUAAAAUAUUUAACUCCUACAAUUACUAGGAAUUUGGGUAGCAUAUUGUAUAAAAUUCUUCUAGUAUGGGCUUUCAUAUAGCGAUAAUGACUGUCUAAUAAUGUGUACUUUUUACAGCUGUAAUCUAAAUUCCUGUUUUUUUUUUGGUUUUUUUUAAAUAACAAUUUGGGCUAUGCACUUUUAUCAUAUGGAGCUAUAUAUGUAGCUAGUAGUGCUAUUUAGAUGUCUAGUUGAAAGUGCCUUUAUUGUAGUUGAUAAGGCACUGUCAUAAGUUCAGUUAAUGUUCAUCUGCCUUUUUUUUUUUUUUUUUUCUUUAGUGAGCAGAUCAUGCAGCUCUACUGUGCUCGCCAGCGCAGACGUCUAAACAGAGGCCUCCGCCGCAAGCAGAACUCUCUUCUGAAACGUCUGCGAAAGGCAAAGAAAGAAGCUCCUCCUAUGGAGAAACCAGAGGUCAUCAAAACCCACUUGAGGGACAUGAUUAUUCUACCAGAGAUGGUGGGCAGCAUGGUUGGGGUGUACAAUGGCAAAGCCUUUAACCAGGUGGAAAUUAAGGUGAGAAUCUUAACCCUUCAGUAGCUUAGUAGCACAUUAUUUGAUGAGGGUCUUUAAGCUGACUUGCUCCCUUAAAGGGAUACUCCAGGCACCCAGACCACUUCUGCCUAUUGGAAUGGUCUGGGUGCCAACUCACUACCCUUAACCCUGCAAGUGUAAUUAUUGCAGUUUUCAUAAACUGCAAUAUUUACCUUGCAGGGUUAAGUCCUCCACUAGUGGCUGUCUACUAGACAGCCACUAGAGGGACAUCCGUGUUCUUAAAACACGAAAAGUGUUUUCAGUGACGCUGGACGUCCUCACACUAUGUGAGGACCUCCAGCGUCGCCGAAAUCCCCAUAGGAAAGUAUUGUGUAAUGCUCUCCUAUCGGGAGGUCUAAUGCGCGUGCGUGGCCAUUGCUGACGUCGGCAGGGUAGGAGAGUAGACGGAGCCUGACCCAGCACCGAGGGACAUCGGUGCUGGACUCGGUAAGUCACUGAAGGGGCAACUUGGCCUCUUCAGCAACUUGGGAUGGAGGGUGGGAGGGAGAAGGGCACUCCAGGGUCCUGCAAUGCCAGGAAAACUGUUUUCCUGGCACUGGAGAAUCUCAUCUCAUGCAUUUGACUUUGUUUUACAACUUUUUAUUUCACAGUUAUGUGGUAUUCCUUAAAUUGAUCUUGCUAUAUUGUGCUAGUAAGUGAAAUGGUCACUCUAAAUACUAAAAAACUUAAUAAGCUGAUUUAAAUUUAAUGCAACUCUUCCAAGUGAGUAGCUUAUAACUACAAAGAUUGUAAAAUGUAUAAUUGUAAGACAAUCUGUUGGGCACACCUGCACAAGAACGGGGAACACCCUCCUUCAUAGGAUUGUUGCUUACUCAAUUUACGUGUGUGUGCGCGCGCUCUCUCUCGCUCUGUUGGUUUAAUCCUACACAUGCCAAACCUGUAACAAUUUCAUUAACUCAUUGGUUUAUUGCUUUACCUAUGCCUAUAUAUCACUGUUAUACGGAUAUUAUAGUUGCCAUCAGGGCAUGACAACCAUUACCCAUGUGCACAUAUAUAGUGAUUACUGCUAUAUAUGUGCAUCUUUAGGUACCUGUACACUGCAUGAGAACCACGCACACUCGAUUUCCACUUCCCAGCCGCUCUGCUCGAAAUCUCGCCAGCGCCGCAGUCAUCAGAGGGUUACCAUGGCAACGCUCUGCUUGCAAGGGUUAGACAGAGAAGAGCAGCUGGGAGGUGGAGUGUGCUGGAGCUCCCUGCCAUAUACAGGUAGCUGGGGUCGGGUACCAAACCACCAGGGAAGGUGAUCUUCCCCUCCCUGGCCACAGGUAUGACAUUGGGAGGGGGUAAUAAAAUGUUUUACAAUGGGGGUGGGGGGUGUAUGCUCUCCUCCCCCCUCCCCCCACUACAUCCUUACACAAACACUCUGCAUUCACUAUAUGCACACUACAUCCACUACACAAACAAACACUUAAAAUCUGCAUCCAUGACACACACACCUCAUCCACCUUACACAUUCUACAUUCACUAUACACACACUGCAUCCUUGUGGGUGAACUCAGGGGCAGGGCCCAGAACUUCAGCUGUGUCAGGGGGCCCCAAAACAUCUGAUGGCAGCCCUGGUCACCAGAGCAUCAGCAUAAUAUAGUUGUGCUGGUGUCUUUUCAUCUAAACGGGUAGUGUUUUUAUUGCUGCUUAGGCUAGAUCACUGCUUCGGCACUGCUGAUGUGGACUAAAUCGCACACGAUGUUCUUAAAGUCAUUAUGGUGGCAUAGCAUCAUGGGACGUGUAGUCCAAAACAUCUGGAGUGCCGAAGGUUGCCUAGACCUACGCUAGAUCGUCAAAUUUGAUCCUAAGGAGGCAGAGAGAGACAGGGCCAGCCUUGACGAGACCAGUGCCGCACUAGGAAAAAGGGUACACAAACUACCUUUUUAAAGGGGGCUGGGAAUCUAAUUGUGUUUUCUUUAACCCUAGUGUCAGGAAUACAUUUUUGUAUUCCAGACACUAUAGUGUUCCUUUAAUAUACUUAAAGGGACACUAUAGUUCACUGCAGGCAAUCUAAUGUAAACACUGUAUUUUCAGAUAAAAUGCAGUGUUUACAUUGAUAGGAAUACCUCCAGUGGCUGUCACUCAGACGGCCACCAGAGGGACUUUCUAUCAUGUAGGGCCUUAAAAAGGCCUUGUACACGUCAGACGUAUUAAAAUACGUCUGACAUGUGCAGGAGAGAGAGAGAGAAGGCACUGUGUGCGUGCUUUCUCUCUCCUGUCGGUCAGCAGAGGAGAGGGGGCGGGGAAAGACCGUGAGCUGAGCUGUCAGUCAGCUCGUGCAUGCGCGGUAGUGCGCCCAGGACUUCAUAGGGCGGCGUGAAUGCCGCCCUAUGAAGUAUGUGCGGCUAAGCCGCGCAUGCGCACCAGGGAGCAAUGACUCUUCCAAAUGGAAGCGUCUGAUUGCUCGCGCCUGCCUAUUUCGUCAUUUUUCAGCUUCACGAGGCUCCCGGCGCUGGAACCAGGUAAGUAAAAUCAUCUGCCUUGAGAGUCCCUUUAAACUUUGCUUUCUUUGUGUACUGUCUGAGAUAUGUCUUUAAACUAGGCACUUCUCUUAAACCCUCCCCCCCACCCAAAAAAACCCCUUUCCCCUAAGGUUUAAAAUUGCUGCUCUUUGUGCCAGACAAACACAUUUACUUUUUAGUUUGGGGCACCUAGAGCCCGGACCCUGAAUUUUCCUUAAUUAUCUAUAUGGAAAAACUGAGACAAAAUUGAUUUGGAAAACUUAUUGUAUAUGUUUGCAAUUAAAUCUUUUUUUAAUUUUGUUUUAUAUAUAAGCUUUUUUUUUUAAAUUUUUUUUUUACCCCUUUCUUCUUUUUAGCCUGAGAUGAUUGGCCAUUACCUGGGAGAGUUUUCCAUCACUUACAAGCCUGUGAAACACGGCAGACCGGGUAUUGGUGCCACCCACUCCUCUCGGUUCAUUCCACUGAAGUAAACUGCAAAUGGUGUAAAUAAAGUUUUCAAGCCAUUUUUGUCCUAUGAUUUAUGUGCAUUAUUCUGAGUUGCUUCUUUGUAUUUCACUAUAAAACAGAGUUGUAUGUAUCCUUGGAUUAGUUAUAAAAAUAUUUGCCCACCUUA